ACUUCACAGCAUAGCGAACUAUUCUGGAGAGGGGGGGCAUUUUUUAUUAAGUAAAAACUUUUGUAGCCAUUAGCAACGUUUAAAUGAUUAUGACUUCGAUUGAAAGGACGUAAAAAUGUGUGUAAAUUAUGUGUGGUGUACAAUUGUAACUACUGUUUGUACAAUUUACGCAUAUUUCCACCGCUAUACAGUAAUCCCCCCCUUGUUUGGUUUGUCAGUUGGACUCUUCCAAGGAGCGGAAGUUUUCAUAGAGCUACUUCCGGGUCGUUGUCACGGACGCUUUCUGUCCCCGGAAGUAACGGCGAUAACUGGAUAACAAAACAGCACUGAUUGAUUAACAGGGAUGUCUGAUCGAUCCAUAACAAUAACUUGAUUCUGACAGAGACGCUCUGCUUAUGAAACCGCACGGUUGUUUUACUAAAACUGUACGUUUUUAGUGACAGCUGUAGAUUAUAGCUUCACAUCUCAGUAAUCUAACGUGGUGGUUUAUUUGUUGUCAUAGCUACAGAGAGCUAUGACGCGGGUCAUAUUCUCCCUACCUGUCAUGGAUUGAUGAACAUAAAGGAGCUGGUGAAAGAGCAGUAUGGAGUGGCCGGGGGAUUUUCCUGCAGACCAUGCCUUCGUGGAGCUGCUGGUUCCCGGGGUUUCCAGUGAGCUGGACUUUGAGCAGCUCCUAAAAGACACAGAGGAGAAACUCAAUCUCAAUGCCAACAGCAUUGAACAGCAGCUAAAGGAGCUCCAGGCCAAAAUGGGUGACUCCCGGGAGCGUCCGCCGAGCCCCUCAGAGUGUCUGCAGUGGUUCAACCUCAGAGCGCACAACAGUUUCCGACCUGUCGCCACAGGACAUCAAGAGCUUAUGGACUUCUUCAGAGCUUUGAAACAGUACCUGAGGUCUGAAGAGGAGGGGAAAGAGGAGGUGACACUACAACUACUGCUGAAUGUGUCUGCUCAGUGCGGUGUCUGCUUUCCCUGCACCCCUUCUUCUUCUUCGUCCUCCUCCUCCUCACUGAUUGCCUCCUCCAUCCUCUUGGUUCACACAGUCAGAGAUGACGCUUCAUUAGAGAUCCAGGAGGCCUGGGAUGAUGUGCGUCUCCAGCUGCGUCGCCACCUGCUGGACCGGCUGUCCUCCCACAGCCCAGAUCAUUCUGGACCCAGACACAUUUCCGUCCCUGAACGGGUCUACUGUCUACAGCAGCUGUUCUUUCUUUACCCCGAGUCUGAGGCCCUCACACAUUACCAGGGUCUGAGAAGCCAAUCCGUGCUGGCUCCUCUGCUCUCUGCCCUGAGCUCAAGCCCCAGCGGUGAGACCAGCUUUGACAGACUGGCUAUAGGCUUCCGCUCUGCGGUCCCGGCUCUGACCAGAGCCCUCACAGAGGAGCUCCAUGUCCUCUCAAGACUAGCAGAACCGCACACCAUCCUGGGUUUCCUUAAUGCAGCCUACCUCAGCACUGUGGCCCGAGAGCUGGCCUCCCUGAUGGAGAGAGAAUGUGAGACGGCACUGAGGGACAACACCACGCUCAGCAGCAAGAUUAAGAAAUAUUCAGCCAGGUCACGGGCAACCGUAGCGCCAAUGGAGCUUCCCAUGAAAAACAGGAGCUUCAGUUUAACUUCCCACCAGUUGAGGGCGUUAACCCAGCUGGCCUGCACCCUGCUGGGGUUUGAGAGGACUGUGAAGGAGCUGGUGACUAAUAUGACCUUCAUCGAUUGCACAGGAGAGACUCCCUGUGUAAAAGGCAUCUUGAAAAAGAAUAGAGAGGAUUCAGACGUGAUAACAGAUGGUAAGAAAUCCCCAGCAGAAACACUUCUCCACAUGCCAGAGGCGCAGGUUUUGGAGUUUGAUUGGAGGUCAGCGUUUAGGGGGCUGGUCCCUCACAUGGCACACUGUGUUAAAGUUGUGCUGGAUGAAUUUUGUGCCAAGAGUCUGCAGCAGGAAGAGGCCUUACAUUCUUCAGGACACACCUCCGUCACCCUGAGCCGCACUACGGGACACACCGCCAUCGCCGCCGGCAACACACACCUCAGAGAAGAUUCCUUCUACACCUACUCCGAGAGGGAGUCUCCCAAAAUGAUAGCCAAGUUCUGUGGAGCAAUCAUGACUGAGCUGGAUGCCUUACUACCCUUGGCAGCAGCCUGCAGGGACAGCUCUCUCCUGGAGGUGCGAUCCAGCUUUGUGGAGGCGUGUAGCAGGGCGGCGUUUGCCGUGCUGGGCCGUCUGCAGGAGAGGGCCCUGGAGGUGCCGUCCUCUGCACCCCUGAGGAACCUGCCUGCUCUGUUGGCCACUUGCGUUUAUGUGCACCAACGACUGGAGCACUACCACGCCAGGCUGAAAGAUUCAAACACUGCUGCAGCUAAAGUACCCCUGACCCUGCUUCCAAUCCAGAAGUACCAAGACACAGUGGAGGCCUUGAGAGACCAGUUGACCAGCUACUGUAUCCACGUUUGUUCCACCUGCAUCCUUCAAGACGCAGAGAGUCACCACUGGGCUGAUCCCAAACCUUUCUAUGAGGGUGAGCGCUGUUCCUUCUCGGUGCAGAUGUGGUUCUACUUCCUGUGUGGGCUCCGUAGCGACCUGUGGGCGGUUCUUCCGGCAGAGAUGGCCAAGGUGGUGCUCGGCCAGGUGCUGUCGGAGACUUUACAGCUGCUGGUGCAAAGAUAUGCCAGGGCCCGUCCUUCGUACAAGAGAUACCUGCAGAUCAGAUGUGACAUCACAGCAGUGUUGCUGUAUGUGGAGCAGCUUAUGUGGAGCGUGUGUGAAAGUCCCGAGGCCUUGGUGCGCUCCAGUCCUUCUUCAGCAAUCGCCAUAAUAGCGGGUGGAUCAGACUGGCUAUACCAAAUCCACAGCCUGUGUGAGCAGCUCCUGACGGUCCUCGUCAUUGUCACAGCACCCCUGUCUUUGCUCUAUAGGAUAUCUAUGAUUAAUCCUGCGAAAGAGUCCACGCCGCAUCAGCCCGACAGCCCUGUUGUCCACUGGUUGAACGCCAUCAACCCUGACCUCUUCACAGAGCAGGUCAUACGAGACGGCCUUGUGGGCCAGGCGGCCUCUGCAUGUCAGCUGAGGCUGCUGACCUCUGACCCUGGACGCAAUCCCAGGUUGCUACUGCGAAUGCUGCUGCACAGAGACUGUCACCUGCCCAGAAUACUCCUGGAAAACUCUCAUUUUUGCCAAGAGAGCUGCUUAGAGACGUCUACUGAGAGCUGCAAGGCAGGAGAUGACUUCAUAGUCGCAUUGUUCAACCUCUUCAGUUGCCUGAAUAAUGUUCCCAAGGCCUUGACUCAGGUCCUUCAACCGUACCUGGAAAGGUCACACAUAUGGGAACAUCUCUACACACUGGCAGACACCACGCGGGCUGUACCUGUAGUGAUCAGCUGUGUCCGAGCGAUAGUUACCAAGUCUACCAACAGCCUCCUGGUACACCUGGUCUCCAUGGUGAUGGGCUGGCAGACCACGGAGGAGCCUAGUGGAGCCUCGUUCAAGCAGAACGUACCGGAGAGCGUCCUGGCUAAAAUACCCAAGGAGUGGAACUACACGCCGCUGGAAGCACGGGGAAAGGAGUCUGCCGCUAAGACUGUCAUAUCUGUAACUAUUCAAGCCUUGUCCUUCAUUUUCACCAACCUGCCCUUGGCUGUGGCGUCCGUGCCUCUCCCCAUCCGCUUCCUCUUCCAAGAGGCAGAGAAGCACCUCUCCCAGCAUGCCCGGCAGCUGCGCUUAAUGGGCCUGUUACUCUGGGCCCUGUUAGGCUGUCUGAUCCAGGGCCUGGAGGACCCAGACACACUAGAACAGACCAGUGGUCUGGCCCUGGACCGUGGGGCAAAGGAGUCCCUGUCCCUGCUGGCUGAGUGCCUACAGGCUACCAUGGGCAUUCAACAGAAGGGUGUUCCCAAACCCACAGUGCAAAAAGUGCUGCAGGCUCUGGAGGAAAAAAGACCCAAGUGGACGAACAUGCAGCUGCAGAAGGCCCGCAAGCUCUGCUCAGACAGUGUAUUUGAGCGAGGAAAGGAAAGCGGAGUCGCUGCGGCUGAACUGACUGAGCAGAAAAUAGGCCUGAUGCUGCUGGAGGUCUGCCACAAAGCAGGUGGCAGCGACUACCUGAGGCAGAUCUAUCACAUCAUCCAAGGCAAUGAGGAACUAUUGAUGUUUAAACUAAGUGGAAGCAGCACAAACUCGUCCAGUAAUCCUCCUCACUUGGUGAACUUUGACCUUGGCUCUGAGAGUCAUGCGGACACUGCCGGUUUCAACCCUCUCCACCGAUUUGACCACGUUGGCAACAAGAAGCUGGAUCAGAGUGCAGUGGUCGGCUGGGCGUGGGACUGGCCGAGGCUGCUGCCAGCCUAUCAGGGCAUGAGUCGGGUCACCUUCAAAACUCUGCUGGCCAACAGCUGUCACGCUGCCAGCUAUCGGGGAGCCACGGGGCUACUGCACCUUGUCUCCACGCCUAUACGCCCAAUCCAUUCUAAAUCACCGCCAUUGUAACACACACACACACCUUUCUAACAAAGGGCACGCUCUGCAUCUGCCAAGGACACAGGUCUAAUAAGGGUGAAGUACGCGGCGCUGUGCUGUGCUGUGACGAGCUUUGUCGCCUUCGUGCCUCCACCCCCUCUUCCCACACACACACACACACACUCCAUUCUUCCUCCCCUUAUUUGCUGCUUUGUUGCAUGUUAAAACAGAUACUGUCAUUGCUUGACUGAGCCAAAUUAGUGUUGGGGCAUACAUGAAUAGAAACUGAAUGAAGUGGAUAUGAAGUCAGAUAGGAAGAGAGAGAGAGAGAAAAAAGAGAUUGGAUGCAUUUUGAGUGACACGGAAAGAGAGAGAAGUCGAUACUGACAAGGAAGGAAGGAUGGGAGUGGGAGGGGGGUAAAGGUUAUAUAAUUCACCCUAAUCUCACAGUAUCAAAGUGGCUGAGAUUCUGCCAUUUGCCUCAUUAGCCUCUCUUUGUUGGGCCAGAGGAGCAGAUUUCAUGGAGGAUUUUGGAGAAUGGCUUUGGUUCUGCCUGAGACGCUCGCACAGAGCAGGAAGUUAGUUUCACGGCUGGCGACAUGUAAGCUGUCAAAGUUUUCCUCAGAUCCAUCUCCGACUCAAAAAAAAAAGAUCUCUCGAGCUAUAGAAGACCAUUCUCGGGAUAAGCGCACUGAUGUCGGAUCCACUGAUCCAUUUGUUAGUGCAGAUAAGGAUAAUGCUUUCUGCAUAACCGCAGACUGAAGUGCCCUCGGCUGUUUUCACAGAGGCUUCGCAACAAUUACUCUUUCGCUCCCUCCAGUCGCCGGACAAACCAGAGGAUACAAUCUCACACUCUUGACAAUGUGAAUAGUAACGACACUGUCUCAUACUGAAUAAAAACACCUAUCACUGUGACCUUGUGAUGUUCUGUGUUUCCUGUCUUAUGAGUUUUAGUCUCCUUGAAUGACUUCCCUUCCCCGUACACAGCCAAUAUAUUUUUUUUCGCUCCCUUGACUGUGUGAGUUAGCAGCGUGGCCCAUUGGCCUCCUAUAUAUUGUUACAGUGGCAGGACAGUUAUUGUGCCCAGGGUUUAUAUCACAUUC